GUUGCUUUAUAGAUGACAAUGGAAUUGAAUUUCCAGUAGGACAACUCUGGUCACUGGGUGAUCCCUGUGAGUUAUGCAUCUGCCAGGCAGAUGGUUCAGUGAGCUGUAAGAGGACAGACUGUUUGGAGAUGUGUCCUCAUCCAAUUCGAAUCCCUGGACAAUGCUGUCCAGAUUGCUCAGCAGGCUGCACCUAUGCAGGGAAGAUCUUCUAUAACAAUGAAACCUUCCCCUCUGUCUUGGACCCAUGCCUAAGUUGCAUUUGUUUGCUGGGCUCUGUGGCCUGUUCUCCUGUGGACUGUGUCGUGUUUUGUACAUACCCUUUCCAUCCAGAAGGCGAGUGCUGUCCAAUUUGUCAUGACUGCAAUUACAAGGGAAGAAAAGUAAUCAACGGACACAACUUUGUUCCAGAAGAUGAACCCUGUGUUUAUUGUACCUGCCAGCUUGGGGAGGUGAGCUGUGAGAAGAAGUCCUGUCCAAACACCUGUACAGAGCCUUUUGGUUCCCUGACUCAUUGCUGCCUGGACUGCCAAAAUAAUGAAGUUAUGCAUGAUUUGGCCUCCCUGGAGAAUAGAUUAGCCAACCCAGUCUUGAAAGACGGGGCAUCAGAGACACCCUUGCAAACUCUUCAAAGAGGCUCCAUGGCCCUGGUGUCCGACAGCCACUGCAGCUACUGCGGCUCCACCCCCAGCAUUGCCUCGCUCACUCCAGAGGUUCAUCCCGAAGCAAGUAAUGCAAGUGAUCAGGAGACUCCACUUAUGAACCCAGCUGCACUAGGGAAUGUUGGACUCCACCAAACCAGACCAGGAGAGGCCAUCAGGUUGCAUCUCAAUGAACCACCAAGUAUCAUCCCUCCUUCUUGGCUAGGCCAUUCGGCAGUUCCUCAGAUAAAGCCAGAAUCCAUUGUACCACUUAUAAAUAACCCAGAAGGCUUUGGGGAUCCUCCUGGCAGAUCAACUGGGUCCUCUGGGACUGAUUCUAGCCCGUCUUCUCUCUAUUCAAGAGCAAGCAGAACCACUGCAUUCCCCACUGCUGCUCCUACUUCCGUUCCAGCCACUCCAGCUAACCUCAGAAAUUCCAUAACUGCUUUAUUUCAGCGUUCAAACACCCACAACCUUCCUCUGCCACCUCUGGCUGAAACAUUUUCUCCUUCAGCCAGCUCCAAUCUAGAUUCUCUUCAAGAGCUUCAUAACAGCCCAACCCACAUAACUCAUUUUUCUUUGGACCAGCAAAAUGUGGGGAACAACUCUCAAUUAUCCCCUAGUGAUGAGAAUACCCUCACUGAUAUAUCUCCAUAGAUUGGGAAGAAUGCCAGGCUUAUUUUGAAUAAGAGGAACAUAACCACUUUAAUCUCAUAAAAACAAGAGCAUCUACUAUAAGAUUGCUGUUAGCUGGUUUUCCCACUAUGUAUUCAUGGCAAUAACCACUUUCCGGCUUCUCAGAGAGCAGGUCCUCUUAGUGGGGACAUUACUUCAGCCCUUGCUUGUGUUGAAGUUCUUACUUAACUAAUACCUCCUUGGACUUAAAAGACAAUAGAAAAACACCUUUUAUUUGGAGUAUCAGUAUAAACAUUCCAGUAAAGCACAAAGAUUUCAGAAUGGAAGCAUGGCAAGUAGUAGGAUCGCAGGCUAAUUCAACCUCUUUGACUGUAUGUUGUAACCGUAAUGGCAGCAAGGGAAACAACAACUUCUGCCAGGAGUCAUAUGAUAAAUUUUUGCACACCGGUUUAAUAUAGAUAUUCUGUUGCUACUUGCAGUCUUAUAUGGAAAUUUCAGGACUGAUUAUGUUGAAGAAAUGUGGCUAGCUUCCAUGAAGUCAGAAAUGUACUAAACAUUGUUUUACAGAACCACUCUGUACUGUACUGUAUACUGGGAUGUACAAAACUGAUUCCAAUCGUGGAAAAUUUCCACUAAAUCCUUUCUUGUUCUGGUUACAGACGUGUUCGUGUGUAUAAAACUCUGCAAUUCAGAUUAUAAUAUGUUGAAACUUGAUUUAUAUGAACAGUAAAACUAUAGUAUCCUAUCUAAAGGUAAAUGUAUUUUUCUAUGCCACAGUUAAAUAUACAUUUCAAAGCUAAGCUUCCUGUGAGAAUUUCAUUUAAGAUUUCUUUGGUGAUGUUUGCCAGCCAGUAAAGUCUUCAGGAAUACUUAGUUCCUGAAAGACUUUGAAAGUUGCGUGCAGCCCAUUCAUAAAACAGGCAGCACGACUGAAUUUUCUCAACUACCUCAAAGAGGUGUCCAGUAAGGGUAUAUCAACUUUUCAUACCUGAAACCAGACAGACUGCUGUUGUUUCCCCUCAUUGCAAUAUCUCUGGGAAUUCUAAUUUUGUGAGAUUUCCAGUGAAGCUUUGUUUGGUACUCAUUUAGGUGCUUCCUAAAAUUCCACAUCUAGCAUCACUGUUCCUCAUUCAGCUUGGGCCUGAUGUAAAUGUGAGCAUGACAUACUGUACUAGAGGAGUGCAGUGCUUCAGUCUCAAAGACACAAAGGUGCUUCAGAGGGCACGAGAGCAGGGACCCAUCACCUGGCUGCAGCUCUGUAAAGCAACAGCACCUUUCCCCUGUAUCAUGUGGCUGUCCUCUGCAGCUGCAGUGUGCGACUGGAAAAAGGUGCAUUUGGUUCAAGGAACUGCUAAUAGUGCUAUGUUCAUGCCUUGACAUGUUCUGGAGCACCUUUUUGCCCUUGAAUCCAAAGGGCAGCACAGCCAUGUGGAAUAUAACUUUGGGCAUUUCCAGUUUGAAAAGGGAUUUGAAGUAUAUCCACAGUGCAUCCUUGGCUGGUGCAACUCCCAUAAGGCAGGUAGAGUCCAGUAUAUCUUCAGCUAUAGCUUUACUGGCUUCUAAGCCUUAGUCAAAUGAGCGUCCCCAGAAAGGGCCUUCUCGUCUGCAAUUUUUGCAGUUGAUACUCCAGAAAGUGCAAAAUGCUACUGUCUGGACAGGCAAAUCCACAUAUUAAGAAGCCAGUGUAGGAGUCUGAAGUGUUUGAUAUAGUUACACACUGUGCCACAGGCCUUCUGAGUGACUUUUGGUAAGGUUCUCAAAGUGAUUCAGUUCAUGAUCUGUCAAAACACCCUACCUCAUAGGGCAUGUGAUGGCUUUGUGCUGGGUUAAAGUUGAUUUCCUCCAAGGAAUCCUGAAAAAUUGAGGAGACUAAAAAUUCACCAAUUUCCUUUCAUGGAACUCCAUUUGUGGAAGGGGGAAUAAAAACCACAUUAAGCCUCAUGUUGCUGUGCCUUGAACUAACAAUGAACUAGGGCUUGAAGUGACAUUGCCUGGUUAUCAAGACAGCUACAUCCUGUUCUCUCACCACCCCUCCCCCCGAUUCAUAGCCAUUCUUGCCAAUGUCCCCUAAAUUAGGGCAGAUUAGGGCACGUUGCUUGAUGCCAUCAAUCGGACAACGUGACCGACCUGCAUGAAAAGUUUUAUUGGCAGAUAUGAGAAACCCCAUUGCUUGUGAUGGCCAUUUCAUACAUGCAGGUUUUCAUUUGGGCAGGAAUUAAAGGACACUUCUGUGUAAAUUUACCUUGGUAUGUUACAAUGUCAAAAUAAAUGCCUAUCUUGUGUUUUUCAUAUAUUGAUAUAAAAAUUUGUGGACAUUUCCA